CCCCCCCCCCCCCCCCCCCCGGUCCAGCCCCCCCCUCCUCUUAUACUCCACCCUAUCAUUAGUUUCUCCAGCGCCGACCCGCCGACCCAGUUCCUGAUCUAAACACGUCAUCACGACACGGGAUGGGGGGGUGAGUGUGUGGGGGGGGGGCAGCUGCAAGGUUGGGGAGGCCCAGAUUUACCCCGAUUCGUUUUAGUUUCCGUUCCCCUUCUCCACCCCGGCUUCUCUCUGUCCUGCUCCCAUCGUCUCACAGACCGCUUUGGCUUCGGACAAGGAUGCACUUGUUUACACCAACGGGACGAGUGAAUGGUGUCCGAACCAGACCCCUGGUGUCCGGACCACACCCCUGGUGUCAUGACCACACCCCUGGUGUCAUGACCAGACCCCUGGUGUCAUGACCAGACCCCUGGUGUCAUGACCAGACCCCUGGUGUCAUGACCAGACCCCUGGUGUCAUGACCAGACCCCUGGUGUCAUGACCAGACCCCUGGUGUCAUGACCAGACCCCUGGUGUCAUGACCAGACCCCUGGUGUCUGGACCAGACCCCUGGUGUCAUGACCAGACCCCUGGUGUCAUGACCAGACCCCUGGUGUCAUGACCAGACCCCUGGUGUCAUGACCAGACCCCUUGUGUCUGAACCAGACCCCUGGUGUCCGGACCAGACCCCUGGUGUCCGGACCAGACCCCUUGUGUCAUGACCAGACCCCUGGUGUCAUGACCAGACCCCUGGUGUCCGGACCGGGGGGGCUGGCCGUGGGCUCCGGGGGUGCUGGCCGCUGCCCUCGGGGAGAAGCUCUUCUACCGGGGGGGGCUCUCUAGUGUCUCUUCGUCGCUCCGGGGGGGCUGGCCGCUGCCCUCGGGGAGAAGCUCUUCUACCGGGGGGGGCUCUCUAGUGUCUCUUCGUCGCUCCGGGGGGGCUGGCCGCUGCCCUCGGGGAGAAGCUCUUCUACCGGGGGGGGCUCUCUAGUGUCUCUUCGUCGCUCCACCGAAGCCGUUUCUCAUCCAUGGCUCAAAUAAAUGUUGUUCUGUGUCUCCUGACCGCGGCGAGGAAUGCUCUCAAAUCGUUGGGGUCAUUCUGUCUCUCCCUCCAGUGACCCCCCCCCCCCCCCCCCACAAUAUUAUUUUGAACAUUUUUGUGUAAAUAAUCAUAGGUUUGAGGAAUGAUAUUGCUAUUUAAUUUGUUUUGUUUUUUCAAUUGUAGCGUGGUGGUUUUUCUUUUUUCAAUACUUCCAGUUGGACGUUUGCUCAGGCCUGUUUUUAUACAUCGAUAGCCCCCCCCAUACAAUCAGUACAAUUCCAAAUCUAAAGAGGUUACUGCAAUUAAUUAGACAAAGGCGACGGGUGUGUUUUUCUUUUUCCUUUUUUAUUUAUUAAUUUUGCAACUAAUUCGGACCGAAAGCCCCCCCUGCUGUAAGGAGAACUCGGAACGGCGCUCGACCUGCCGCCAGACGCUGCAACGGCCAUGUCUUCCCCCAGUUUGAUGAGCCAUAUUAGACCUCCCCCCCGGCCCCCCGUUCGUUCAAUCCCACGCCCUACUCCCUACUCCUCUGUCUGAGUCACCAACUGAUGAACAGCCCUGGUGACUUCCCCCCAGCCCCCUCUCCCCUUGCCCCCUGUUAACCCCCCCCCCCCCCACGCGCUCCGAAUAUUUUCCAGCCCGGCUUUGUUCCAGAGGGGCAGGAGAACACCCUGGGAAUGGGGGGCUUUUCCUUUUUUUUUUUUAUGGAACCGUGGUGCGUCACCCAUCAAUCAACCUUCAAAGACUACCGCUCCCAGAAUGCCGAGGGUCACAGGUUUCCGUGGCUGCUUAUUGGACUUUCUUUCUCAUGCUCGGCUCAAAUUGGGGCUCCUUUCAUCCAGUUGAGUUUUGUUCAUGCAGGUUAACGAAAGCGGGGAAUCCAGAACAGUCUGUAGUCCGACCAUGAUGGGUGUCCGAUUGUUCCUACGAAGCAUCAAUUUAAAUCCAAUACAUAGGCGUUUUGAGACACUGACCUGUCAAACUAAGAUGCAUCGUUGAAUGCUAUUAAUGAGGAGUUGAGGGUUGAUUUCCAACGAUGAAUUAAGUCGAUCUCCGUUUGAGUUUUCUUUGGUCCCCAUCUCCGCCCAACAUUGUUAAAAUGUAUUUUUGAUUGGUCCUCUUCGACCAUCCGAAUCCCGGUUUGAGUGGCGAGUUGCCUGAUGAUGUGAUACUGAAUUAGUUUGGUUUGGGUUUUGAUUUAUUCCGACCUUUAUCCCGGGUCGGCUGAGUGUGGAUGCUAUUUGGUCCGAGCCUACGGCGAGCCAUAGUGGAUCCAAGUGUUGUAGACCCGGAUUUAAAACCUAAUAAAGAACAAUUAAUUCCUAAAAUCCAACAUCCUGUCGUCAUUUGUCCGCGAUAGAGGAAGGAAACCCUUCGAAGGUGCCCGGUGACCAAGAGGAAGAAGCAUCGGCCAUCCCUGACGGUGGAGUAGUGCAGCCUGGUUCUAAUCACGCGGCUCGGAGGGGUUUGGGUCCUACUUCUCCCUGCAGUUAUGUAGAGAACAUCCCUCACACGGCCCCCCCCCCCCGUCCACCGCACAGCAGAUCAGAGGGUCCUGUUACCGGCACGUCUGAGGCUGGAAGGUCAGCGCCAGUUCUGAGCCUCAUCUCCAUGGCAACACUGGACUGCCUGCGCCUCAGAUGGACAGCAGAUGAAACAGGCCGCGCACUGCUGCAAGAAGGGUCGCAGAACGGGCUGUUCCCAACGCAGUUCCCUAAUCAUUUGUAAAUGAUUAGAGCUAAUCAAUCGCAGAUACAUGAUAACCGAUGGAGGCAGCAUUAAAGUGCAUACGCUUUGGGAUUUGUUUUGUUUGGGGGGCGGAGUCCAAAGACGCAUCGUCCUCGUCUUGGAAAAGUUGGGAGGUGUGUGUCUGUCUGGAGGGAAGGGGCGGUUACACAAUGAUCUACAACUCCGCACAACUGGACUCACCCAGACGAGGCUGCCUGUGAUCCCAGGACCGGAGUGGUAAGGCAUUCUACCGUGGUCUGGUUGAGGUAUGGAUUCUACGCUUCAUUCUGCAUGGCAAACAUCAGUCACCAUCGAAACUUAAGUUUUGGUUUUCUAACUACGAGGAUGGGUCGAGCAAACAGUGAAUCCUCAUUAUUGCGUUGUCUUAUGUUGCAGGUUGUUCUGUCUGGGCUUCAGGAUGCUGGUCUUGUGUCUGAUGCUGGUGACCCUGUAUGCUGUGCAGGCACAGAGGAAGCAGCAGAGCCUGGAGUGGGACUACAGGUCUGAAGCACAGAAGGUCAAUGCCAGAGGAUGCGCCAACCUCACCCUGGUCUUAGACAACUGGAAAUACGCGAUCAUGACGCAGGUCAAAGACCUGCUCCUGCAUGACCACAACACUGUGCUGCCGGACUAUGGAAGGAUCGGGCCGCUGUCCGACGCACUGGGCGACCUCUACAAAGAGUUCAACGCGCUGAAGGAACGCCUCGGCGACCUCACGGUCAAGUUCGAUGACGUGGAGGCCUUCGUGGACGACGUGAGGGCGGGCAGGAGCCCCGCUCCGCCCCGGCGGGAGCCCAGACCCCCCGCGGGCAAGCCGGUGGAGGAGAACGCCACGAACACCGAGGAGCGACGCAGACCGCCGGGGAGAAGAACGCGAGUCGUGGUCAGACGCAUGAAGAAGCCGGCUGGUUCCUGAGCUCCUCUUAUCCGGCGGAAGUGAAGAAAAUAAAUAAACUAUGUAACAAUUAUGUUAUUUGACUUCAUAUUUGUGUGAUGAACUGUAGACCUGUGUUGUCUUGAUGAGAUGAACCGUGCAAGUGGGAGAGGUGCCAUUGUGUACAUGUUUGUAAUAGGCCUACAUGGUGCUUGGCCGCCCUAGGAUGUUCUUCUUUGUAAUUUAACCGAGUUCCAUUAAACAAUACUUACCGAAGCCUCAA